GGCAUUGCUUACUUCUGCAGCAGGCUGGAGAGCAUCUCCAUCUGUCGAGUAGCCUGACCAGCAGACAAGAUCACGGAAUAAACAUUAACAUCCUGAUGCUGUGGUAGUAAGAUAUAUAGCUAGACCCCUGUGGAGGUUUAAAGUUACGUGUUUAGAGGAGCAAAAACUGUUAUCCAGUUAACGUUACGAAGUUAGCGAGCAAGCUGUCCAAAGAUUGAUUUGUCAGCGAUUCGUUAUCCCCUCGUCUCAAAAAGUGUAAUGAGGAGUCUGCAGCCAGCCAGCCUGUGUGCCGUGCAGCAGCAGAGACGAGAGGAGCAGAGAGAAAACAUACAGCAUCUAAAGGCAAGAUGGCUUCAACAGCCUGCUGAGGCAGUGUGCAGGGUUUAGAACCUUCUUCUGCUAUUCUGGAAUCUAACCGGGAUCUAAGAAGGGAAGCGCUUGGUUCUCAAGCAUUCUAGAUCAGAGGAGAUCAGCUCCAAUGAGUGUACCUGCAGCAGCACAGAAAGCAGACAGCAACAGUGAAAUGCAGUCGCCUGCAGUGUCUCCCUCCUUCCUCCCCAGCCAGCCAGGAAAGAUUCCAGGCAGGAAGAGGGGGAGACCCCCACUACAUCGCAAGAUGGAUUUUCCAACCCGCUACCCUGAAUCCCUCCCUCCCCUCAAAGUGCCCAAGAAGAGGGGGAGAAAACCUGGCUUCAAGCUGAAGCCCAGGAUGGUGCUGAAUCCCCUGGCCAUCUCUCCUCCCAGCAGCACCCCAGAACCAGACAUGAGCUCCAUCCCCCAGGAUGCUGCUACCAUCCCCCACUCUGCCACACCCCAGGUGCUCACAGUGUGUAUCUACAUCAACAAGCAUGUCAACAUGGGCCCUAACCUGGACAGGAAGAAGCUGCAGCAGCUCCCAGAUCAUUUUGGGCCUGACAGGCCCUCGGUGGUGCUGCAGCAGGCCGUCCAGGGAUGCAUCGACAGCGCCUUCCAGCAGAAAGCUGUGUUCACUCUCCUCACACAGGGCUACGGAGGGGAGAAAAUAUCAGCCACUUUCGAUGGGAAGCAGCACCUUCUGAGUCUUCCUGUGGUCAACAGCAUGGGCUACGUUCUACGCUUUCUCAAGAAGCUCUGUCGCAGCUUGCACUGUGAAAACCUCUUCAGCGACCAACCAAUCCCCCAGCAUAAUAAUGCCUCCUACCAAUCAGAGGCUGAAACCUCCAUGCCAGAGGAGUAUCUUCUGGACCCGUCAGACAAACGCUACUCAAUGGACCCAGGUGACUCCGCCUUCAGUGCCAUAAGCUCCUCCUACUCAUCCAAACCAUCCUAUGGGUUCCGCUCCUCGCAGCAGUUCCCCAACGGCUCCUCCCCCUUGGGCAUGUGUAGACAGACGUCCAGCCCUAACACCUUCCUGGAAGGCAACAGGAUAGCGUACAAUCCAUCUCAGGACUCCCAGGAGUCCAAGCCGCCCCCCAGUAAGGACCCUUCCACCUGGAGUGUAGAGGAUGUGGUGUGGUUCAUCAGAGACGCCGACCCGCAGUCCCUGGGCCCUCACGCGGACGUCUUCAGGAAGCAUGAGAUAGACGGCAAUGCGCUGUUACUUCUAAAGAGUGACAUGAUGAUGAAGUACCUAGGACUGAAGCUGGGGCCAGCCCUGAAGCUCUGCUAUCACAUCGACAAACUAAAACAAAACAAGUUCUGAAUCUGAACAUUUUUUCACGUCAUCAAUCUGUGGGACCCAACUUUGUGGAUGCGUUCCAAAUGGUACCCAUAACCCACUCGUUUUGACCGUAGCCCUAUUGGCCCUGGUUAAAACUAGUACAAUAUAUAGGGAAUAGGGUGCCAUUUGAGAUGCUAUAUUUUACUGAUUAUUUUUGCAUUUUCAUAUAUCAUGUAUCUAAAGAAAAGAAUGUGAUAUGUGAUCGUGACAGAAUACGUUUUUGGAUAUUCUAGUUUUUCUGUUGAAGCAAGGUUUUGGUUUAUACAGAUGACAAAAUAUGCAAAUUGUGGAAUGCAUAACUGAUACACUGGUUGACAAUACCUGGGAGAGGGAUACAGCUGUCCUAUAAAUGAGCUUAUUAAGGCACCCAGGCGCCCUGGUAAAACAUACCAAGUCACGUUUAUGAUCUGUUGAGAAGGGGGAAUUAUUUUAGAUAAACUGUUAUUUAUACUUGGUCUCAAAUCUGCGGUAUAACUUUGUUUUAAUGGAUAUAAAAAAGGGGGGUCUCCACAAAUGUGGGUUGAAGCUGUUGAUGAAGUUCUUAACACAUCAAUGCAUGUCAUUAAAAACAGGAAGCUACAGUGAUGUUAAACAUUACUAUACUUGGUUUUGUUAUUUACACGAAAUAAUGUAAACUAAAAUGGUUUUGCAUAUUGUUUUACAUAUUGUUUUACAUAUUGUUUUGAUAAAAUUGCCAAAAAGAUCAUGUUUGUGCUACAACACAUAACAACGAGACAUUUCUAUAGUUUAAUAAAAUAAUGAUCUCCAGACUCUUUAAACAUUUUUUUAAACUUUAUUUUACCUUUAUUUAACUAGGCAAGUCAGUUAAGAAUAAAUUCUUAUUUUCAAUGACUGCCUAGGAACAGUGGGUUAACUGCCUUGUUUAGGGGCAGAACGACAGAUUUUUACCUUGUUAGCUCGGGGAUUCGAUCUUGCCUCCUCACAACAUAUUUACUAUGGACAUUUUUUACUACAUAUCAUUAUCGAAACAGAGUUGGAGAGCAAUGGAUGAGAACACUCACUGCAUAACUUCAAUUGACCUACAGUAUUGGGUUAUUAGGCCAUAUAGCAUUGCUUGUGUACGCCAGUUUGGCAGUAUGUGUACUUUUUAGUAACCUGUGUACGUCAAUGCUGCUGUAUACAAUUACAUGUAAUUCAUACCAAGUCAAAUCAACCUGGGACUAGGUCUUUUAUUUUGAAAAUAAUAUUGGAAAGAUCUAUACUGUAAAUCAGAGAAUAACCACUGUAUGGAUUAAUUAAUUUGUACUGGUGCUAAAGAAGUUCUCAAUGUAUUGAAUAUCUCAUGUUUGCUUUUGUGUUGUGAGACUUAAAUGGAAAUCAAUCAAUGUGUGUAUUUAACCUGGCUGUGUAUCCUAUCUAAGUAAUAAAAUUAAGAAAAUAUUAAGGAAACAA